AUGACGAAGCAUAUUCUCGAUCGGGAUGCCUUUGCGGAGCAUCUCGAUGCAUCGUGGCAGACAUUCCGGAGGCAGCUGCUGGAUGUGUAUCCAAACGGCCCGAGCCUCGAGCCAUUACCUCCUAUAAUUGGCCAUACUUUCGAGGAAGUCUUCGAGGCAACACCUGUAGACUUGGAUUCGGCAGCUUAUGCCGCGGCAAUUGAUGCAGCCAGGCAGAUUUCAGCAGAAUCCAAAGCCACAGCGGAAGAGAUCGCAGUCCGCACAGGCUCAAUCUCACCUUCGAUAGACAGCGAUAUCGUCAGGCAAGGCCAUUCUGGCCACCUCCUGCAAUCAGGACUUCGAGGACUAAGUGAAGAAGAUGCGGCAGCAGUGAAAGAUCGUUUGCGCCUUCGUUUGGGAAUCCUCUCGCCCAAAGCAUUGGUAUCCGGCAAGGCACUGCUGGAAUGUGUGUCCGCGCUCGGACUAACGCGAUACACCGAGGAGGAGAUGAAUGAGUUCGUCAACAUGCUUGGGGACUUCGUCCAACUGGAAUUUGUGACGAAGCCGGAGAGGAGGCCAAGCCAAAGCCCCGUCACAAUGAACACCAUGCUCUUCGGGGCGCAGGAAGUCAUGGAGACGGAAUCUAAACUGGGAAAGCCUAAGUGGCAAUGGCCGGCAGCAACAGCAACUCGAGACCUGCCAACCAUGCGCGCCAGCUUAAGCUUGAAGGGUGGGGUCGAGAGGGUUUCCGUCCAGCCUUCACGCCGAGUAGCACACAAUGUGAUCCCUGCACAGCCUUUACUCGACAUUUUCCUGUCACAGGAGACGGAGGUUCACAAGCGGAUUUUUGGAGCAAGGGGUCUCAAUCAGUACAGGGCCAUGAAGGAGAUUCUGCUGGCUGGAGACACCAACCGGCUAGUUGCAGAGCUCACAUUCGUGCGGAUCAAUGACCUUGCAGCACCACCAGAGCCGAUGCAUCCUAUCAUGUAUUUGGAGCCUCUGGUAGCUAUUCUGAUCAUUGGCAACGGUAUUAUGAUUGGCUUCCAGACUGAUCCAGGCUACAAGGACUGGAAUGGCUGGGUGUAUAUUGAGAUGGCAUUUGCCAUAUGUCUGAUUCUCGAAGUGUGCCUGCGAAUGUAUGUGUUGGGAUGCUUUGGAUACUGGUGCGGAUCUGAACGUCUCUGGAACUGGUUUGACUUAUUCCUGAUGUGCACGGGCAUAUCGGACAUCGCUAUCCAGCUUUUCGACGACCAAGAAUCUGGAAUGGCGGGCACUUCGCUACUCAGAUUCUGCCGCUUAAUUCGUCUAGUUCGGAUAGUCAAGGUCUUCCGUAUCAAGGUCAUGAAAGAUCUUCGGCUUAUGGUCAAGGGACUGCUGGCAGGCAUCCGGACUCUUGCCUUGGCUUUCAUCUUACUCUUCGCAGUCUUAUAUGUGAUCUCUGGCUUCGCAACCAUGACAAUCGGAAGCAGCGACAUAACGGUUGAUCUCGGGCUGAACCAGUAUUUCAACAACAUCCCCAACUCUAUGUUUACCGCCUUCCGAUGUUUCACUGGAGAGUGUGUAAGCGACGACGGGAGGCCUAUCCACUCAUUGCUUGCGUCGAGGUUUGGGGUGCUUUUUAAGGCAGGGUAUGUUGCCAGCUACAUGCUCGUGACGAUGGGGAUUUUCAAUGUGAUCUUGGCGGUUUAUGUUGACAUAACGAUGAAAGCGGCGAAAGAGAACGAUGCAGUCACUGCCGAGCAGUACUCACGUGAAUCAAUCCGAGUUGCCCGGACGACGCGGGAGCUCCUGAAAAAGUUUGCCGCAGCAUAUCACUCAUUUCAUGAACCCCAUCGGAACCACCAUCAUGGUUCACCGAACGACGAGCAUGAUCCGGAGGCAAAGGUCAAUACCUCCUCUGCCAGAGCCAUGUAUGCAGAGGACGGCAUGCACGACAAGAUCGCAAUCACCAAAGACCUUUUCCUUUUGAUCGUGCAGGACCGUGGGGUGCAGAAGCUCAUGGAUGACCUAGAUCUGCCUCACGAUCGCGCUAACCUCUUCGAGAUCAUCGAUGCCGAUGGAAGUGGAACGCUUCAAAUCACAGAGCUUCUGCAAGGCCUCUUAAAAAUCCGUGGCGAGAUCAGCAAGAGUGAUACGGUGGCCUCCCUGUUGGCGACCAAAGCUGUCUUCAGUAUGCUAAGCGAAUUGAAAGAGGAGCAGCUCAAAGAGUUGAAAUCGCUCAGGGCGGAGUUCGCCGGGUGUCUCGCUAGCUUGUGGAAGCCGAAGCAGCUACCGGUGGCACCGGAACUCAUAAACACCGCAUCUUCCCUCGCGAAGCUCGACAGCCCCAGCCCUGCCCUCGGUCUGGAUCAGGUUGGGAUGCCAUCGAAGCCCGAGGCUUGCAUUGAAGAUGUCGAAACCGCGCCGCCCUUUGCGUGA